AUGGCUGAGCCCCGCCAGGAGUUCGACGUGAUGGAAGAUCAUGCCCAGGGAGACUACGCCCUGCAAGACCAUGAGGGCGACAUGGACCCUGGCCUGAAAGAGUCUCCCCUGCAGACCCCGGCCGAUGAUGGAUCUGAGGAACCAGGCUCUGAAACCUCUGAUGCUAAGAGUACUCCGACGGCGGAAGAUGUGACAGCACCCUUAGUGGAUGAGGGAGCCCCUGGUGAGCAGGCAGCCGCUCAGGCCCCCACGGAGAUCCCAGAAGGAACCACAGCUGAAGAAGCAGGCAUUGGUGACACCUCCAACCUGGAAGACCAAGCUGCAGGACACGCGACCCAAGGGCCUGGGGGUGCCGAGGUUGUCCAGGCAAGCUUACUCGGGGAGCCGGGCCACCAUGGAGGUGAGGCUGUGGAGCCAGGGACCUCAGGUCUGACCCAUCAGCACGCAUCUGACAUGCUCGGGGCCCCCACCCUGCUCGCAGGCCCCAGAGAGGCCUCACGCCAGCCUUCAGGGACAGAACCUGAGGUUGUAGAGGGCAGCCGCCGCAGCUCCGAGCCGCCAGAGUGCCAGCUUUGGGGAGGCCUGCCCCAGGAGGGGCCGCCUCUGAAGGGGGCACAGGGCAAAGAGAGGCAGAGGGGUGAGGAGGUGGAUGAAGACCGGGACAUUGAUGAGUCCUUGCCCCAGGACUCCCCGCCCUCCAAGGUCUCCCCGCCCCGAGGCGGGCCAGCCCCGCAGGCAGUUUCCGGAGAAGCCCCUGGACCCCCAGGGUCCCCAGCAGGGGGUGCCAUCCCGCUUCCUGUCGAUUUCCUCUCUAAAGCAUCUGCAGAGACCCGGGUCCCAGAGCCCGACGGGCCCAGCGAGGGGCCCCCGGGAGAAGGGCGCGGCGGGUCCCCCGAGUUCACAUUCCACGUGGAAAUCACAGCCAAUCUGCAGAAGGAGCAGGGACCCCCCUCGGAGGUGGAUUUGGAAGGGACUGCACUUCCCGGGGCCCCUGGAGAGGAGCAAGAGCCCCGGAGCCCUUCUGAGGGCGAGGACACAAAAAAGAUUGAUCUUCCAGAACCUUGUAGAAAGCGGCCUGCAGCUGUUCUGCCAGGGAAGCCCGUCAGCCGGGUGCCUCAACUCAAAGCUCGCAUGGUCAGUAAAGGCAAAGAUGGGACUGGACCUGAUGACAAAAAAACCAAGCCAUCCACACCUUCUUCCGCUAAAACCCUGAAAAAUAGGCCUUGCCUUAGCCCCAAACGCCCCACUCCUGGUAGCUCAGACCCUUUGAUCAAACCCUCCAGCCCUGCCGUGUGCCCAGAGCCAUCUUCCUCUCCUAAACACGUCUCUUCUGUCACACCCCGAACUGGCAGUUCUGGAGCAAAGGAGAUGAAAGUCAAGGGGGCAGAUGGUAAGCCUGGAACGAAGAUCGCCACACCCCGGGGAGCGGCCCCUCCGGGCCAGAAAGGCCAGGCCAACGCCACCCGGAUUCCAGCAAAAACCACUCCUACCCCGAAGACCUCGCCAGGCACUGCGAACAUGCAAGUGCAGAAAAAACCACCCCCUGCAGGGGCAAAAUCUGAGAGAGGUGAAUCUGGGAAAUCCGGGGACCGCAGCGGCUACAGCAGUCCCGGCUCCCCAGGCACUCCAGGCAGCCGCUCUCGCACCCCUUCUCUGCCUACCCCGCCCACCCGGGAGCCCAAGAAGGUGGCGGUGGUCCGCACUCCCCCCAAGUCGCCGUCUGCAGCCAAGAGCCGCCUGCAGGCCGCCCCGGGGCCCAUGCCAGACCUGAAGAACGUCAAGUCCAAAAUUGGCUCCACGGAAAACCUGAAGCACCAGCCAGGAGGCGGCAAGGUGCAGAUAAUUAAUAAGAAGCUGGAUCUUAGCAACGUCCAGUCCAAGUGUGGCUCAAAGGAUAAUAUCAAACACGUGCCAGGAGGCGGCAGUGUGCAAAUAGUCUACAAACCAGUGGAUCUGAGCAAGGUGACCUCCAAGUGUGGCUCAUUAGGCAACAUCCAUCAUAAGCCAGGAGGUGGCCAAGUGGAAGUAAAAUCUGAGAAGCUGGACUUCAAGGACAGAGUCCAGUCGAAGAUUGGGUCCCUGGAUAACAUCACACACGUCCCUGGCGGAGGGAAUAAAAAGAUCGAAACCCACAAGCUGACCUUCCGCGAGAACGCCAAAGCCAAGACCGACCACGGGGCGGAGAUCGUGUACAAGUCACCCGUGGUGUCGGGGGACACGUCCCCCCGGCACCUCAGCAACGUGUCCUCCACCGGCAGCAUCGACAUGGUGGACUCGCCGCAGCUCGCCACCCUCGCUGACGAGGUGUCCGCCUCCCUGGCCAAGCAGGGUUUGUGA